UGAAAGAUUUUUUUUAAGACUGAAUAGAAAUGGUUUGCCAAAAUGUCCAGAAAAGCCUGAAAGGCACUGUUCUCUCUUUGUGGAUUUGGGCAGCAGUGAACUCAGGAAGGACAUCUAUAUCACUGUGCACAUUAUCCGAAUAGGACGAAUGGGAGCUGGAGAAAAGAAAAAUGCCUGCAACGUACAAUAUAGACGGCCCUUUGGCUGUGCAGUCCUCAGUAUUGCAGAUUUGCUGGCAGGAGAUUCAAAGGAUGACCUCGUCUUAAAAGUGUACAUGUGCAACACAGAGAGUGACUGGUAUCAGAUCCAUGAAAAUAUCAUUAAAAAGCUGAAUGCACGUUACAACUUGACAGGCUCUAAUGCAGGUCUGGCAGUUUCUCUUCAGUUGCUUCAUGGAGACAUAGAACAAAUUAGGAGAGAGUAUACAUCCAUGUUUACCCAUGGAGUAUCCAUAACAAGGAAACUAGGUUUUUCCAAUAUUAUAAUGCCUGGUGAAAUGAGGAAUGAUUUAUAUAUCACUGUAGAAAGAGGAGAAUUUGAGAAAGGAGGGAAAAGUGUGGCCAGAAAUGUGGAAGUGACAAUGCAUGUCGUGGACAGCAGUGGUCAAAUUUUAAAGGAUUUUAUCUCAUUUGGCUCUGGAGAGCCACCAGCCAGCGAAUACCAUUCCUUUGUGCUUUAUCAUAACAAUGGUCCCAGAUGGGCUGAGCUGCUGAAACUUCCUAUUCCUGUGGAUAAGUUCAGAGGAGCACACAUCCGCUGUGAAUUCCGGCACUGUUCCACGAAAGAAAAGGGUGAGAAGAAGUUGUUUGGUUUUUCUUUCGUGCCUCUGAUGCAGGAAAAUGGGAGGACUCUGCCAGAUGGCACCCAUGAACUCAUUAUACACAAGUGUGAAGAAAACACAAACCUUCAGGAUUCUGGUCGCUACCUCAAACUCCCCUUUUCAAAGGGAAUUUUCCUAGGAAACAACAACCAAGCAGUAAAAACCACUAAAGAGUCCUUCUGGAUUACGUCCUUUCUCUGCUCCACUAAACUCACACAAAAUGGAGAUAUGCUUGACCUUCUGAAAUGGAGAACCCACCCAGACAAAAUUGCAGGUUGCCUCUCAAAACUAAAAGAAAUUGAUGGUUCAGAAAUAGUGAAGUUUCUUCAAGAUACACUAGACACUUUAUUUGGGAUUUUAGAUGAAAACUCUCAAAAAUAUGGAUCAAAAGUAUUUGAUUGUUUGGUUCACAUAAUAAAUUUGCUGCAGGACAGCAAGUUUCACCACUUUAAGCCAGUAAUGGACACUUACAUUGAAAGUCAUUUUGCAGGAGCACUUGCAUACAGAGAUCUUAUAAAAGUACUGAAGUGGCAUAUUGAUCGAGUCACUGAAGUGGAGCUGCAUGAGCACAUACAGGAAGUACUAAAGGCACAGGAAUAUAUCUUUAAAUAUAUAGUCCAGUCUCGAAGGUUAUUCUCUAUUGCCACUGGUGGACAAAAUGAGGAGGAAUUUCGCUGCUGUAUUCAAGAGCUGCUUAUGUCAGUACGCUUCUUCCUUUCCCAAGAGAGCAAAGGAGCUAGUGCUUUAUCUCAACUACAAGCUGUGUUUCUCAGCUCAUUCCCAUCGGUGUACUCUGAACUUUUGAAGCUCUUUGAUGUAAGAGAAGUGGCAAAUUUGGUUCAUGAUGCUCUGGGCAGCUUGCCAACAGUCAUGCAUGGGGAUGAGUCCCUUCAAGCUGUUAAACUGCAGAGUAUUGGAAAAACUGUAGAGAGUCACCUGUACACGAACCCAGAUUCUCGAUAUAUUCUUCUUCCGGUAGUUUUACAUCAUCUCCACAUGCAUUUACAAGAGCAGAAGGACCUUAUAAUGUGUGCACGUAUCCUUAGCAACAUAUUUUGCCUCAUCAAGAAGAACAGCUCAGAAAAAUCUGUCCUGGAAGAAAUUGAUGUAAUUGUAAAUAGCCUGCUCGAUAUUCUGUUAAGGACCAUACUAGAGAUCACCAGCCGACCACAACCAUCAGGCUCUGCUAUGCGCCUCCAGUUUCAAGAUGUGACUGGGGAAUUUGUCUCCUGUUUGUUGUCACUCUUGCGACAAAUGACUGAUAGACAUUAUCAACAGCUUCUUGAUAGCUUCAACACAAAGGAAGAUCUGAGGGAUUUCCUGCUGCAGAUUUUCACUGUAUUUCGAAUACUAAUACGACCAGAGAUGUUUCCAAAAGACUGGACAGUGAUGCGUUUGGUUGCAAACAAUGUGAUCAUUACUACAGUCUUGUACCUUUCGGAUGCCCUUCGUAGAAACUUCUUAAAUGAAAACUUUGAUUACAAGAUAUGGGAUUCCUACUUUUUUCUUGCUGUCAUUUUUAUAAACCAGUUAUGUCUGCAACUGGAGAUGUUCACACCUUCCAAGAAGAAAAAGGUUUUAGAAAAAUACGGUGACAUGCGGGUAACAAUGGGAUGUGAAAUCUUCAGUAUGUGGCAAAAUUUAGGGGAACACAAGCUUCACUUUAUUCCAGCAUUGAUUGGCCCCUUCCUGGAAGUGACCUUGAUCCCUCAGCCAGACCUGAGGAAUGUAAUGAUUCCCAUUUUCCAUGACAUGAUGGACUGGGAGCAAAGGCGAAGUGGCAACUUUAAACAGGUGGAAGCAAAACUGAUUGACAAACUGGACAGCCUAAUGUCAGAAGGUAAAGGUGACGAAACAUACCGAGAGCUCUUCAACAGUAUUCUACUGAAGAAAAUUGAGCGGGAAACAUGGAGGGAAAGUGGCGUUUCGUUAAUCGCCACUGUGACUCGCCUCAUGGAGAGGUUACUGGACUACAGGGACUGCAUGAAAAUGGGAGAAGUGGACGGCAAAAAGAUUGGCUGCACUGUUAGCCUUUUGAAUUUUUACAAGACUGAACUGAACAAGGAAGAGAUGUAUAUUCGCUAUAUUCAUAAGCUGUAUGAUCUACAUCUGAAAGCACAAAACUUCACAGAGGCUGCCUACACGCUCCUGCUGUACGAUGAGCUGUUGGAGUGGUCUGAUCGGCCACUGAGAGAAUUUCUCAACUACCCCAUGCAAACAGAGUGGCAACGUAAAGAGUGUCUCCAUCUGACCAUCAUUCAAAACUUUGAUAGAGGAAAGUGUUGGGAAAAUGGCAUUAUCUUAUGCAGGAAAAUUGCAGAACAGUAUGAGAGCUACUAUGACUACAGAAACCUCAGCAAGAUGAGGAUGAUGGAAGCAUCUUUGUAUGAUAAAAUUAUGGAUCAACAGCGUUUGGAGCCAGAAUUUUUCAGAGUUGGAUUUUAUGGGAAAAAGUUCCCAUUCUUCUUGAGAAAUAAGGAAUUUGUUUGCCGAGGACAUGACUAUGAAAGGCUGGAGGCCUUCCAGCAGCGAAUGUUGAAUGAGUUCCCACAUGCCAUUGCUAUGCAACAUGCUAAUCAGCCAGAUGAGACCAUCUUUCAAGCAGAAGCACAGUAUUUGCAGAUUUAUGCAGUGACACCAAUUCCAGAAAACCAGGAAGUCCUGCAGAGAGAUGGCAUUCCCAAUAACAUCAAGAGCUUUUACAAAGUAAAUCACAUCUGGCGAUUCCGAUAUGACAGGCCAUUUCACAAAGGCACCAAGGACAAGGAAAAUGAAUUCAAG